CCCGUCAGACCUUUAAGCCAAGUACCUCCAACUGCGAGGCAGCUUCAUUCCUUAAAAUAUUCUUAUUUUAAAAAUUUUAUUUUCCCGGAUUUGUUCCCAAUUCAUAUUUCUAAGAUUUUCAAGCAAUUCUGGCGGAUUUUCCAAUUUACAGUUGGGAUAUCUGUGUGCCCGUCUAUGUGUGUCUGAGAAGGGUAGUUCCGUGUCUGGCCGCCAGAUGUCAACCCUGUAGAUUAAAGUAAAAACAUCUAUCCCACUCUUUACACAGUAAACUCUAGUGAAAAUAUGGCGGGUCAGGUACCCGUGGUCCCCAUGGAUCGAGGGAACAACACAACCUGCACCAUCAACCUACACGGGGCCACCAUCGUCUCUUGGCGGGUCAACAACCAGGAGCAACUGUUUGUGAGUAAAAAAUCAGUUUUUGACGGAAGAAAGCCUAUUCGAGGAGGUAUUCCGUUUGUUUUCCCCCAGUUUGGAGACUGGAUGUAUGGACCCAAUGGACCACCUAACAAUGGUUUUGCAAGAAUCUCAAGAUGGCAGUUAGAGAAGGGACCAGAGAGACUUCCCACAGGAGAUAUUGAAGCCAUAUUUUCACUCAGAGACAGCGAUUUUUCUUUUUCAAUGUGGCAACAUCAUUUCCGGAUUUCCUAUAGAAUUAUUCUACGAGAGAAGGAACUCCAUUUAAAUGUUGGAGUAUACAACCCCAGCAAGGAGGCUCCAUUCGACUUCAACCUUCUUCUCCAUUCAUACUUUAAGUGUCCAGAUGUCAGACGGUGUCAGGUGACCGGCCUUAAUGGAGUAACCUUCCUUGACAGAACUAGGAUGGUGGCAGACCCCCCGGGUUCACCGCCCCAAGCACCAGCUUACCAGGGUUUAUAUUCACACCCCUAGCGAGCAUAUAGUAACGAAUGUUGUCUCGGGUCGGAAAAUGAGAAUCCAAAAAUAUAAUUUCCCAGAUACAGUUAUCUGGAACCCUUGGGAGAUGCAAGCAAAGGAGAUGGUUGAUUUCGGAGAUGACGAGCACCCAAAUAUGAUCUGUGUGAAUGCUGGUCAUGUAGCUGCUCCGGUCACCUUGCUCCCACAGCAGGGGUUCGAGGCCAGCCUCAUAUUACAGGUUAUGUAAGCAUCAAGUUUUCAUCGAGGAACAAACUGGACAGAAAACCUAUGUAUACAGUAUUGUACAGUACAGCAAACUUCUGUACAACUAUGUGCACAUAAUCGUACAUAAAAACGCAAGUUUACAUUUUUGAACAAGAAAACUUGAAUGUUUAUUUGAGUACAUAUAUUUAUCUAAUCACGAAAUUUUAAAGUCAGCUCUGUACAGUGUACAUACUAACAACCAACUGUACAGCAAACACAUCAUGUGUACUGCACAUAUUACACAUGAUGAUUGAUAAAAAACAGACAUGAGACGGAACUCUAAAAAAAUUUGAAUAUCUUUUUCGUCUUUCAACUUUAACCCCUGGCUUCUCUACCUUCAAAGCCCAUACAUAUACGUCAGUGACCACCAAUCUGAUAAUAUGUAACGUUGUCAAAUUCUAGAAUGAAGGUCAUGUUUUGCCUUAAUAUAUAGAACAUAGUUCCGACGUAUGUCAGUGUAAAAAUAAUUAAUAUGCACCUAGUGUAUUAGCCCUUUUCCCAGUAUAUUGUACUCAGAAGUCAACCUUUAGUCUAUUACUUUAUAAAUAUGUCAUAUAUAAAGUUAUUUUUGUUAUCAUGGACUUAACAGAUGUUCCCAUUAACAAUAAAAACUUUAAAAUCUAAAAUUUGUCAAAAAAGAGUGCAUACACUGAUUCAAUACAAGUUCCUACUGAACCAAUAGUGUGAUUGUAUUUUUGGGCGGGAAAAAUAUUUGUUGGUGGAUUUUCUCCUGGUGAUUUUGAACUGUUGUACAAAGUACAAAAUUUAGUUAAAACUGUACUUCAGAACUCUUCAAUAAUAGUUCUAUUAAGAAUCUGUACUAAUCUAGAGUGAAAUAUGGUGUACAUAGAUAAUAGUUGUUGUGUACAUAUUAAACUAUUACGAAAUCAAAUAUUUAUGUACAUUUAACCUCUAGAUCUGUCUAUAAUACAGGGUAUAAUCUUAACUAAUAAAAUAAUAACUUUUUUAUGUAAAAAUAUGCAAACUAUGUGAUUUAUGAUAAUGCAAUAGUAAAACCGGUGUCAGAAAUACCAGCAGAAAUAGUCAAAAAUAAUAAUCAACUGGACAUAUUAAAUACAUACAUUCAUGUUAUGUUCACAUUGUUACACACAUUAUAAACAAUGUACAUUUGCAUGCUCAAUUUAUAGUUCAACAUUUUGGCGUGCAAUUACUUAUCCUACUGUGCAAUGCAUAUAUCCUGUACACAUGAAAUAAAUGAAUGUAUAAAAAGCCAAUUUUUGGGGUAUUUUUGUAAAUUUUCCAAACAAAAUUUUCCAAAUUUUAAAAUUAUUGAUUUAUGAAGAAUAAAAAAAUAAAAAUUCAAACCAGAAAUCUUCCAGGCAAUGCAGACGUAAUUUUUAAGUGACCCGUGUUUACAAAGGGACAUGCACGAUUCACAAUGGUACCAUUAAACUCUUCUGAUAUUAGGGUACCUUAGUAAAUCGGGUCUGUCAUGGCCAAUGGACACUUUUACAAUCCCUUGAAAAAUUUGGAAAAUUUACGACCCCUUUGUUCACUUCAUUGUCAAACACAACACAUAUACUUUUUUUCAAAAUUCUUUUUCAAGCUUUUUGGUUCCAUGAUUCAGUAUAUGUAUGUAUUACCUUAAAAGACUGAUUUAAAAUAUAUUUCUAUUGUACACUA